CCCUUCCACCGGAGCAGAGGGCGAGAGGGUCCAGCCCCGCAAGUCCAGCAGCCUAAACAUGGCGGGUCGUGCAGGCGACGUGAUGCGUUCAUGGUCCGGCUCCGGAUCUGUCACCGACCACCCAUCCUCGGCGGUGCCCGCGCCCGAGGAGCAGAAACCGAAGAAGAGGAGGAGAGCCUUCUGCCUGAACAGGAUGAAGUCCCGCAACAGCUCCACUGAGCUGCAGCAGCAGCAGCAGCAGCAGCAUCAUCAACCCGCCUCAAACAACAACAACAUGCCGUUCAUGAUCCACUGCCAGAUCGGCAAAGAGAUCAAACACAUCUGCAGCAACUGCCGGGGAGCCGAGCCGCUGGAGGCGGAGGAAGUGGAGAGGUUGGCAGCAAUGCGCUCUGAUUCGCUGGUACCAGGCACACACACGCCUCCCAUUCGACGGCGGAGCAAAUUCGCCACCCUUGGUCGUCUGUUUAAACCCUGGAAAUGGAGGAAGAAGAAGAGUGAAAAGUUCAAGCAGACCUCUGCAGUGUUGGAGAGGAAAAUGUCCACUCGCCAGAGCAGAGAGGAGCUCAUCAAGAAAGGAGUGCUGAAGGAGGUUUAUGAGAAAGAGGGCUCCUCCUUGGCUGUUAGAGAGGAGGUGAAGAUGGAGAACGGGCGUUCUCCGGUGCUCGGCUCUGGCCUGUCAGAGCCUGAAGGUACUGAGAUGAUGGAAGGAGCCGCUGCAGCUGUAGGCCCUCUGGAGUUUCAGAUGCCAAGUGAGGGUGCAUGUCAACAGGACCACGCCCAAAAAUCCACAAAGAAGUCCACUGUGUAUCCACCUGACAGCGCUGAGUCAACGCUCUCCAGACCUCCUACGCUACACAAACAACCUCCUGCGCUACCACCCAAACCCUUCAACAGGCUACCUAAUCACAUUACAGAUGGUGCCCCAGUGAAAUUGCCGUGUAUGUCGGCCAAGUUAUCUCCUCCUCUACCUCCAAAGAAGCUCAUGAUCUCCGUACCUGCAGGGAGCAUGGAGCCCUCUCCGCUCGCCUUCCAGAAGUGCCCCCCUCCCAGCCAUGCUCCAAUGGGCGGGCACUCCCUGCAGUAUGGUGCGUUACCCCUGCACCCCCCCAGCCGAAUCAUAGAGGAGCUCAACAAGACCCUGGCCCUCACCAUGCAGAGGUUUGAGAGCUCCAUGAUGCACGCUGUUCCCACGGUGAUGAUCGAGUGCGACGACGACAAAGAGAACCUCCCCAACGAGGCCGAUUACGAGGACCUACCUGAGGAAGAUGAGGAGGAGGAAGAGGAGGACGAAGAGGAAGAUGACGAGGAGGAAGACGAAGAUGAGGAGGAAGAUGAUGAUGAUGAUACAUUGUUUACAAGCACACUGGCCAUGAAGGUUUUACGAAAGGACUCUCUGGCCAUCAAGCUGAGUAACCGUCCAUCAAAGAGGGAGCUAGAGGAGAAGAACAUCCUGCCGCUGCAGUCGGACCAAGAGAGACUCGAGUCUCGCCAACAAACAGCCACAAAACUGACCAGGCGACUGAGCCAACGGCCGACAGCAGAGGAACUGGAACAGAGGAACAUACUCAAACCUCGAAAUGAUCUGGAGGAACAGGAGGAGAAGAGGGAGAUCAAGAGACAUUUGUCCAAAAAGCUCAGCCAGAGGCCCACAGUAGAGGAGCUGAGGGAGGCAAAGAUCCUCAUUCGCUUCAGUGACUAUGUGGAGGUUGCUGAGGCUCAGGACUACGACAGGAGAGCAGACAAGCCAUGGACUCGGCUAACAGCUGCUGAUAAGGCCGCCAUCAGGAAGGAGCUGAAUGAGUUUAAAAGCACAGAGAUGGAGGUGCAUGAGUCGAGUCGUCAUCUGACCAGGUUUCAUCGGCCGUAAGGUGGAUCAGUCGGACCUCGGCCAUGAUUUUAUACUCACCGAGCCUCAAGUGUUCAGACUGCUACGUGCUGCCCUCAUACUGCUACCAACUACUCUUUCUGCCGUCAACUUCAGACUGAUGGACUGGACAUCAAUAGAACCUGCGAGCAAACACUUUAACAGCUACAAAUGGAUUUAACUCUCAACUGUGUCUCCCCUUAGUGGAGAUUUUACAGACUUCUUGAUAUUCAGAAGCUUUUCAUUUUUUUAAGAUGAAGAGGUGGCAAUCUGUUUACUUUAAAUGACUUUUGUUUUUGAACAAGGCUUUUGGAAAUCAAACACAGAAUCUGUGCCAAUUUUGGGGCUGGGAACAGAAGGAGGUGAAAAUGGGACUUUUUUGUUUUCAUACAGGGAUUUUGUUGCCUUUCGCCAUAUUCUCAUUCUUCUUUUCUUAACUGGACUUAGUCAUUUCUCGGGGCCGUGCUUGUGUUGGCACAGUUUUAUUCCACAGACAACAUCUCAAUGACUGUUUCUCAAUUUGCAAGAAAAAUUAAAAUCUUUACAACAGCAUAUGCUAUUGUAGGCAGCUGAAUCAUAAGCCAAAAUGUCCUAAAAUCCUGAUCUAAGUCCCCAAAUGCUCGCUACAUGCCAGUAACAGUAAAGGUUAAGAUCUCCUUACAUGUACACAUCAAUCAACUGAGCAAUAAUUUAAGAGUUUUACAUCAUUUCUCCAUCUGUUUAUGGGCUGCAUCCAAGAGCUCACAACACUCUUCAGACAUCAGAUCCCCAUUUAAACCAAAGCAACUUGACUUGCUGUGGAAGUCGUGAUCUUGAAUGCAUCCCAGAGUGACUGCUGUUCAGAGUUCAGUAACUCACUGUGUCACUGUGCCUACAGUAUUGUUUACAGGGAUUUAAAAGUUGCCAAAUUAACUUGUUUAGCUUGAUACAGAAUAUUAUCUGUAGACACAGUAAAAUGUUGCCGAACUCUCUGCUAAAUUACAAGAAAGUUGAAUUUUUUUUGUAUUUCAUUUUUUCUUUUGUCUGAGACAAACCUUGGCGGUACAGAAUAUGAAAACCCUGCCACCUUACUUUUUAUUUUUUAUUGUUUACAGUACAUACAAGGUUCAUGAAUUGGCAGUUUGGGCCAUAUUAUUGGGAGAACUGGUUGAUCUGUUGUGUGUGUUACGACUGUGUAUGUGUGUAUGUGUGUGUGUGUGUGUGUGUGUGUGUACAAGCGUCGGUAGUAUUACUGUCUCUUGUAUGUUUAAAAAUGUUCUCAGAAUAUAAGACUUGUAUAUAGCAAAGAAAGUACGCAAGACUUUUCACAUUCUUUUGUAAAGCAGAAAAACUGCAUGUGGGUAUUAAUUUAUUGUGAGUCUUCUAUGAGGUAUGCAGUUUCUUAAAGAAACUUAUUAAAAAAUAAGUUUAUG